AUGUUGUUUUACAGUGCGCUCUUUGUUUGUUUUUUGACUAUUCUGGCUUUUGACAACAAAGAAGUAAAAAAAACAGAACCACAAAAACCAGAAACAAUAUUCGCUGAUGUCAUUAAAAAUAUAUCACGUGUCAACAACGUAUUACAAGACCUGAUCAAUAACUAUGAACAAUUACAAAAAGUAUACAAAUCACAAGAGAAUUUUGAUGGACCAGACUAUUCCAGUGAAAGGGACAACGAUCAUUCAUCUCAAAAUACUAAAAAGUCAAAAAGAGCAUCCCUAACCACAGCCACACCUUACAUGUUUUACCAGGCAGGUACUAGAAUGAUACUAUCAGACACCGACGUCGAUAAUACAGCCAAAGUUGAUACACCAGUCACAAAAAAAACGACAGUGUUCGAUCCUAUGGCUUUAUCAGAUUCUUCCGACAUCGAAGACACCAUAGAAGCAGAUGUUAAACGACUCAAAGAACUAGAAACAUCUAGAACUCCUAAAAGCGUGGACAUAACCACAACUGCAAAAAAUAAACUUCAAACUAGACAACCACCAAAAGACAGUAAAAAAGAUAAAACUAAAGAGGCAAAAGAUUUAAAAAUAAUCUUCGCUAGUAUUCCAAAGAAAGUAAAAACUAAAAUAGACAGCAAAACAAAAAUAAUGCCAGAAUCGGUUCAGAAACUGUCUGUAGUUGAUACCAAUUCGAUGAAAUUAAAGGAUGCGCUCAAUAGUAAUUCAAGACCACAAAAUGGGCAUGACGGAAAUAUUUCUAAACCAAAAUUAAAUAAAUUACAUGCUUACUCUAUUGGCAGUACAGGAAAACAGGUAAAUUUACAAAUAAAAAUAUCUGAAAAUCCAGAAAAUCCAAAAGAUGUAGAAAAUAUAAAAACUGUAGAAAAGCAAAGGAAUACAGAAAAAGAAACAAAUCAACAAAAUUCAGAAAAACAAGAAACGCCGAGAAAUGUAGAGAAAACAAGAACUGUAAAAAAGGUGACAAUAAUGGAAGAUUCAAAUGAUUCAGAUAACCAAGGAAAUUAUGCAACUCCAAGAAAUGGAAAUGCAGAUAAUAUAAAUAAAUCGGACAAUCCAAGUAAUAGAGAAAGUCAAAGAGAAGCAGGUAAUCCAGCUAACAAAGAAGCCAUCAAAAGGCCAGGAAACCAAAACCGUCCUUUGUAUUCAAAAGAAGUUACGGCUUCAGAAGAAAAAUAUUCUUUAUCCGACGAUGAUAGCGCCAUACAUAUUAAUACCAAUUCUAAAACUAAGACAACCAACUACAUUGCUGUUUCCCAAAUUGACUCGGCUACCUUGAGAAGCCACGUGGAUAAUAUAUCUGCUAGCAUUACCAAGGAUAACAAAAAAAUGCAAGAUCUAAGUGAUGAUGACGAUGAUUUGACUAAAGAUAUGUUUAAAACCAGUGUGCUUCGCCAAGCCUACGGGGACGCCUGUCUUAAGCUUGUAGUUAGAAAAUGUCAUCGGGCAUGCAAAAGUGCUUAUGUUACAUCUUGCCGCACACUAGAAUGCAAGUCUGAUCUAAAAGAAAUGUUUGAAAGAAGCUCUAGAACUGGAUGUAUUAAAGAAUUUGUUGCCAAUGAAGAUGAUCCUAAAAAACACGCAUUUCGAAUUGGAAAGAGCCCCGACGGUCCUCAUGUGGAUAUAACAAGAGAAGGUUACCUAUCAGUAGCCUGUCAACCACAGACUGUUACUGGACUGCCAGCACUAAGACGAAACCUAGCCUCAAACAAGGGCACGAUAAUUGCAAAUAAUUCCAUGGGAAAUGACAUCGAACUAAACAUAUUACGAGAUCGCUACGAGAAAGCCUGCCAGAGGCUCUCCCGGGGCAAAUGCACCACAGCUUGUAACUACGCCCAUAAUGCCACAUGUGUCAAGUUCGAGUGUGAAAAGAGGUUAAAGAAGAGUUUUAGGAGAAAUUGUAAGGCUCACUGUAAGAGGGCUUAUUCUAGUACUUCGAAGAAACAGAAGGGCAGUGAUAGUGAUGGUGAUAGUGAUGAUUCAGGGUCUGACGAUUCAAGUGAAUCGGAUGAUGAUUAG